AUGCGUCAAGAAUCCAAUCAAUGUGUCAGUGAUUUUAUUACUAAUCUGACUCUCGCCAUCCAGGACUGUGGGUAUAAAGAGAUCAAGGCAGACAACUUCGAGCACGCAGUGCUCGCUCAGCAGUUGAUCGUCGGUCUGCCCGAUGAAAAAGCUCGGGAAAUUCUUUUAUCAGAGAAGAAGGAUUUGUCAUGGGAGAAAGCCUUUGAUAUCACCAGUCAUCAGGAGCGCGUGCGGAAAAGCCUUCAGCAGCUGACUCAGUCAAGCGAUGGAGUGAUAGCGCCCUUGGAUUUAGAAAUAGCUGUCUCCCUAGUCAACACUGCUGUGUCUUUACCCAGACAGCGACCCUCUGCUCCCUCAAAACAACUACCAUCCUGCUUCCCUUGUGGUCAGCAUCAUAUCCGGUGGUCAGACUGUAAACACCAGAAGACGGUUUGCCAGUUUUGCAAGAAAGUCGGCCACAUCGAACGAGUGUGUUUCUCCAAAAGACGAGCGAAUACUAACACGCAUGCAACCUACCCUAAUCCAGCUGGGGAUGGCGAGGCGAUGCUCCGAAUGUUUUCGGCCAACGCGCCACUCCAAUCGCCCUACACCAUCACGCUUCCGGUUGAUCACCAUCCUGUGAAGUUUGAAAUCGACACUGGCUCAGCGGUUACUCUCAUCAAUGAGGCCUCCCUUGAGAAAUUACCCUCCUUCCUUCCGGCCAGCUCAACAUUCCGUAGUUACACUGGACAUAACGUAGAGAUUCUAGGGGUCUUUGCAGCCGAAGUCGAGCAUGAUGGAGAACUUCAUUACUUGCCGGUUCAUGCGGUGAGAGGAAGCCAGCAACCAAAUCUCCUUGGACGGAAUUAG